AGACAAGCCAUCUCCUUUAGAAAGGGCAUAUAUUCGAGAACUUGGUAAGAAUCCUGUUUGUUUAAAAAGGAAGACAAGCUAGCCAUAUUCUUUCAGAUAGAAUCGAGGAAAAUGACCGAGAAAAGCCUGAGCUGGCCCUCGUGGUUUGACCACCCCCAAGGAACGGAUUAUCCGACUUCUUUAAACGCCAAAUGCUCAAAAUGGAGAGCCUGCCAGAUCACCUUCGGCGACAUUCACACGUGGGCCAAAGCUAAAGUAUUCUUGGACUCCCAGCAGCCCCGUGUCAGUAUCACACUUGACAAGAAGGAAAAUGGCCAGGUUGUCUUCACGGCCGAGCGAUGUGACAUUGAAAUGCGCAUUGAGGUCUUUGACACCUGGGAUAAAGUCUGCUUCAUCAAGCUUCGGCCUUUUCAGGAACCAAUUGUCGCGGGUGCUUUUUGGAACGUGCCUAGGGACCAAUUGGCCGACCGGCAAACGCUGACGACAACUGAGGUCACUAUCUGGUUCAAUUACCUGCCGAAAUUUACUACAGUACGACCUACAUUGGACCGAUUGCGAGAAUUAGUUAAUCUCGUACACAAGAAUUCUUCUGAUGGCAACCCUCGCACUUUCUGGUACUAUUAUGCCACGUGCUCUACAAGGAAGGAUCGGCGACGAAAGGGACUGCCCUGGCUGUGGAAAAGUGCCGAGGACUUACAGUACUUUAAUUACUGCCCAUGGCAGCCAAGGGACCCAUUCUUCCUGGACGAUCACGACCGAAGAUGGAGAUUGCUGGAAGCCACAAAGGUCGAAAGGGAUUACCAGGAAAACAUUAUUCUUGAUCUCUUUAAUCAAAAGCGUCAUCACAAUGCAAAGUUUGUUCGAUCCGGAGACAAGAAAAGUUGGUAUUUGCACAUCGAAAUUCUGCCCGAUCGUCAAUCCGAAAGUUCAAGUGCGCCUCAGAUGGACGAGCUCGUGCGUGUGGAGUUCUGUGUACUUGGCAGAAGAGAAACGCUAUCUGGUGAUAUUAGCCUCGCACAUGUUGGUCACAUCGUUGAUAUGGAGACAUCGCUGGACUUUGUCGUGAUGACCAGAGACUUCUUCGACCCAAGCCACGACGGCAAGACUCUUACGGUUGUCAUCUCGAUCAAACCGAACCUGACGGCAAUACAAGCCCAGAUCGACGCCCUCGACGAUGCUAGCAAGCCGGUUGUGUGUGGAGACCGUGGGAAGCAAGGAUUCUCCUUGAUGAGAACCAUACUUGCCCAUGGCACGGAAAUCCAUGAAAGUAGUGAACACUUCUUCAUGUUGAAUAUGUGCGAAAUGUCUACUCUUCACCGUCAGCUACAAGAAGAGCGAAUCACAUACAUCAUGAAUAGAUUUCCUCUUGACGAGGCUCAACGCAGCGCCUGGGAAAGGUCAACCACGGCGGUAAAUGGCGGCAUUCACCUUAUCGUAGGCCCUCCUGCCGCUGGGUCGAACAAGGCCGUUGACAACCUUACAUACGCGGUGUUCAAGGCUCUGGAAGGUGAUGAAAAUCUACGCCGUUGGUGCGGCCAACUUGCCAGAUUCCGGACACUGUCGUAUCAGAUGUCAGUGGUCAGGGAGGACAGCGCCAGUGAACUGCAGGCAAGAAAGGCAAGAGGAGACCUGGCUGGUUGCGGAGCCGAGUUAGAACCGUGUCAGAUUCACGCACUCGCCCAGAAAUAUGCCCGUGACAACAGCCUGGCAGAUAGGGAUUGCGGCGAAUUCAUUCGUCUGGUUCGCGUUGACCAACAGCAUGGACUCAGUCAGGAUGAGGCAAAGGCUUUGGGUUUGGCUUACGAGCACAUCAUCAGAAGGGUUCUCGGGCAGACUAAGAUCGUUGCCACAACUCUGAGCAAUUCCUCUCAGGAAAUUUUGCGGUCAUCAGAUUUCCGCCCUGACGUGCUGCUUUCGCCCACAGUUCUCUCCGACCACGGCAGUAAUGAGGGCUCCGUUUACCUAAAGCGCUCUCUCAUGGAAAGGCUUCAUGACGCCGGGUAUCCGUCCAGCAGACUCACGGUUAAUUACCGUAACCAUCCACAGAUCCUCGAACUCUACAAUCGGAUCACAUACAAGGGCUGCCUUGUGCCAAAUGCUCAAAAUGCAGAGCUUGAAAGAGUCGGAAGCGCAUGGGACAGCUUUACACAGUCUCGAUUUUGGUUUCGACAGGCCGGAGUCGACGGUGUCCGACGCCUAUUUAUCAACACCACCGGCAGCGCGAAGCAGGUGGGCAACAGUCGGUCCUGGUCCAACUCAACUCAUGUCGAUGUGAUCAAGGAGCUUUUGGUCGAGUUGUACCGAUUUAAAGACGGUAACGGGGUUCGCCCAGAGGAUGUGAUGAUUAUUAGUCCAUACAAGGACCAACGUCGACUCAUCCAGAAGAAGCUCGGUGAACAAGGGGUGGGAUACAGGGACAAUCUCACUGUCGAUACCGCGUUGGGACAAGAAGCGCCCGUUGUAAUAUACUCACUGACCAAGCCUUCGCAAGGGUCGCCGCUGAGUACCGGCUUCGUCGCGGAUACGGGACGCAUGAAUGUUGCGCUGAGUCGAGGUCAAAAGGUCGUGAUAAUAAUCGGAAACCUGACCGUGUGGAACGACAGCACCAUCAGGCAAAUGCAGUCUCACAAGAGGAACAAAUUCCUAAUCGAGCUACUCAGAGAUGUCCGAUCAAGAAGGCACACCAUUUCGUGGAAUGGCCCAGAAACCGUGACCGACCAGCAAGCUCCUGGAGACGGCAGAAGAGCACACGAAUCUCGCUCAGCACAGUCUACAGCUCCACAGCAAUUGGACGAGUCGAUUCAUCCUCUUGAUAACAUGACGGACAUUGACGAGAAUCUGCCCGCGCUCGAUGCCCGUGGAGAUCGUUGGAGACGAACACCCCCUCGGCCCAGUGUGAACCGUCCCCGUUCCAGACAUCAUCACUCGCAAUCCCGAUCUCAGUAUCGCUCUCGCUAUCAAUCUCCGCGACGCUCUAUUUCUCGUAAUCGACACCGUAGAAGCCGAUCGCCGCGCAGAGACCAUCGACGACGGAGCCCCUACAGAGGCCGUUCUCGAGACCGGCGGGAUGAUUACCAGGAUCGCAGAAGUGCAUACAGUGAGGUGGGUAUAGAUCGCGAGCAAGACAUGGAACGCGAACGCUUGGUAUUGGAGCUAGAACGAGCCAGACAACGUUUGCAAGAAAGAGAUGCGGAGAUACAAAACCGGGAGCGAGACCUUCGCAGGCGGGAAGAAUAUAAUCGCAGCCGCAGCCACCGCGAAGGGCGUGACUCGCGCGGUAGAUAAAGGAAAAGAUAGCUGGAAAGAUUUGUGGACUUUAAAACUUUUCUGUAAUU